UAGGCAAGCAAUUCUACCAUCUAAGCUACACCCUUCGCACUCCCUCAGGGAUUUAAACGCCUUUCAGUAACAAGCUCAAGACAGUUUGGAUGCUGUCUUAACGUUCAUAAGUGAACCAAUCCACAAAACCUGCCCUGUGGACACGCACGCGGCUCGGGGAGAGAAUCGACAGGACUGGCAGAGGUCUUACUGGGCGUGGGCAGCGUUGCCGAGAGUUGGCGGCUGCAGAGCAGCUGAGCCUCAGUACCCGCGUCAGACUCCAGCAUCUCUAUUCCAAAGCAAGCGCUCUCUACCCGGCAGAACUUCGCAGUCCACUGCCCAGCCUAGUAGUCUACUACGCACGCGCGCUGCGCUGACGCUCCCGUUACAGCUUCCCUCCCCGCAGGUCCAGCAGUGCGCAGGCGUACUAAGCCUCAGCGGCGCCCGGAGGCGGGCCGUAGGGCGAGGGGCGGAGCCUGCGGCUGCGCACUCGCAAGCUCCGCCAGGCUCCGCCCUUCCAGAUUGCUUUCGGAGGCGGAGCGCUUACAGUGGAAACAACCUAGCUCCGUGUCGACGUUGAGUCGUCUGAGGUCCCCGACGACGACGCACCCACCAUGGCGUCUACUCUCCUCGGGCUGACGCCGCGCUGGGUGAUGCUACUCGGUGCCGUGCUGCUGUGGCUUCUGACCGGAGCCUCCGCGCAGGAACCUCCGGGAAUUGGUUGCUCUGAGUACACAAACAGGUCCUGUGAAGAGUGCCUCAGGAAUGUCUCGUGUCUGUGGUGCAAUGAGAACAAGGCCUGCCUGGACUACCCAGUAAGGAAAAUCUUGCCCCCUGCUUCUCUCUGUAAACUGAGUUCCGCUCGCUGGGGCGUGUGCUGGGUGAACUUCGAGGCCUUGAUCAUCACCAUGUCCGUGCUUGGGGGCUCUGUGCUCCUGGGCAUCACUGUGUGCUGCUGCUAUUGCUGCCGCCGCAAGAAGAGCCGGAAGCCAGACAAGAGCGAUGAGCGGGCCAUGAGAGAGCAAGAGGAGAGGAGAGUGCGGCAGGAGGAAAGGCGAGCAGAAAUGAAGUCAAGACAUGAUGAAAUCAGGAAAAAAUAUGGUCUGUUUAAAGAACAGAACCCAUAUGAGAAGUUCUAAGGCGCCUGGCGCACACUGGCGGUGGAUCGUGCAGUUCCAGAGUUUUCUGGGAGUAUGCUCCUCAGCGGAGCCUGCGGAGACCUCGCCACCACAGCCACCACAGCCACCCUUGACCUGGGUGAUGAUCCCUCCAACCUCAGCCCUGGCCCCGGCGUGGCCUUGAGAGGACAAUCCUGCUCUUGUCCCCUCUGUGUCUGUAUGUAAUCACCUGAGACCUUAAUCUCGCUGAUGUCCUUUUUGGGGGGAGGAAAUGUACUUGGUCCCCACGCUCUGCAAGCCGAUUAGGAAGCUGGCAGCCUGAGGUGCUGUCUGGCCUCCGCGUGGCCUUGCUGGGAGGGUCCCAUUGCAGCAAACCAGUCAUGUUUACUUGGCUAUGGCAGGCACUGACCCUUGCUCCCCAGGCUGUGUUUUGUCUGCAGGCCUGUUGCGGUGACAUGCCGUUGUUGUUUUAAUUUUGGUGGCCUCUUGGAAGGCACUGUCCCCAAGUCUGGUGAGGGCUGGUGUCCUAACCCAGCCCUACCCAGUAGCACAAAAGCUUAUCAAGUCACCUGAAGUCUUUAAUGAUCCCUCAGGGAACAGUCCUACCAAAACCCUUCAUGAGGAGCCCAGGCCUCUUGGAUGGCAUUUCUCAGUCUUUACUAGACUGACAACCUCCCCGCCACGGGAAACCCUGAGCUGUGAUUCAGUUCGGUCCCCUUGUGAGAGCUGAAUGUCCACCUCAGGCCUCUCCAGCUGUGGAGGCACACAGACUCCGGUCCUUUUGUGUAGGUCUUGGAUAUCUCCCUCUACCAGCCAGGCGGCUGUUCAGAUGGUCCUGGACGGAUCAUGGAGAAUGAACAGUGUGUCCACCGGCCAUCCCGUUGUGGGAGCUGAGUGUGUAGGAAGUCAGGAGGACCCCACACCAUACUGCCUAUCAGGGAAACGGCCUGAGCUGGCACAGACGCCCACCUCACUUCCACCCUGCUUCCAGCCACGCCUCAGACCACUGUCUCUGACACAUCAGCAUGGGCCCUGGGAAAGUUUCCGGGGACACUCAGGUCCCUAUGAUUCUGUCCGCACUGUACAUUUCUUUGCAAUCCAGAUGUGUCCCUAGUAAGCAGAUCGCAGCCCUGAUGGCAGCAGCCGCCAGCAGAUGAGGUGGUCUUACUGCAGGCCCCCGCAUGCCCAAGACCUCACCUAGCAGCUCGCUAACCUUUUCAACUGUCAGUCUGUCUAGGAAUUAACAUUUUCUUCUCUUGUGAUUUCCACAAACUAAGGGAGUAACCUUUACCACAGGCUGGAGUCUUAACGUCUUUCUGCCUUGUUCGGCAGGCAGUUGAUGGAACUUAAGCCUUGUCAGGCCUUCCUUGACAGCCCUUGAGUUAUCUUUGUCCUGUCUGUUGAGAGGGAACCCUCCUUGCAGGCCCUGAUGAACUCUGUAGUAACAUGGCGCACGUGUACAUUGUACCUGUUAGGUUGCUGAGUGGUUCAUAGAGCAUUUCAUUCUCCAGCGUAGAAGUGCAGCAGGUGCUCGUGGGAGUGGCCUGUGCCUGCCUCUGAGCAGCAGGAAGAGCAGCCACAGAACCAAACCCGACACCAUCACACCCAGUGCCUUAGUUUUUAACCACUGUCCAAUAAAAUGGUUGAAUACAG